AUGUAUCUCUACAACCUGACCCUCAGCCGGGCCUCGGCCAUCACGAGUGCCAUCUAUGGGAACUUCUCUGCCCCCAAGCUCCAAGAAAUCAUCGUUUCACGGGGCAAGGUCCUGGAGCUGCUGCGACCAGACGAGAAUGGGCGCAUGCAGACCAUCUGCAGCACUGAGGUGUUUGGCCUGAUCAGAGCCAUCCAGCCCUUCAGAUUCCCGGGCGCGCAGCAGGACUACGUGAUCUGCGGCUCCGACUCGGGCCGCAUCAUCAUCCUCCAGUUCUCCAAGGAAAAGAAUGCCUUUGUCAAGAUCCACCAGGAAACGUUCGGGAAGAGUGGAGCCAGGCGCAUCGUCCCCGGCGAGCACCUGGCCGUGGACCCCAAGGGCCGCGCCUGCCUCAUCGGCGCCCUGGAGAAGCAGAAGUUCGUGUACGUGCUGAAUCGCGACAAUGAGGCGCGGCUGACCAUCAGCAGCCCCCUGGAGGCGCACCGGGGUCAAACCCUUGUCUACAGCGUCGUGGGGUUGGACAUGGGCUUCGACAACCCCAUCUUCGCCGCCAUAGAGCUGGACUACACCGACGUCGACCAGGACCCGACGGGCGAGGCGGCCUCCGAGGCCCAGAAGCACCUCACCCUGUAUGAGCUGGACCUGGGGCUGAACCACGUGGUGCGCAAGCAGAGCGACCCCAUCGACAACGGUGCAAACAUGCUGGUCCCCAUUCCCGGCGGCGGCGACGGCCCAGGGGGCGUCAUUGUGUGCGCUGAGAACUUUGUCAUCUACCGGGCGGUGGAGGGGCGGGAGCUGCGGGCCGUCAUCCCACGCCGGUCCUCCCUCCCCGGUGAGAAGUCGGUGCUCAUCGUUUCAGCGGCCACGCACAAGCAGAAGAACCUCUUCUUUGUCCUCCUCCAGAGCGAGUAUGGCGACCUGUACAAGCUGACGCUCGACUACGAGGGCGAGAUUGUUCGGGACAUGCACGUCAAGUACUUUGACACCAUCCCCCCGGCCUCCUCCAUCUGCGUCAUGCGCAAGGGCUUCCUGUUUGCCGCCUCGGAGCUGGGGGACCAUGCGCUGUACCAGUUCCAGGCGAGGAGGGUGUUCUUCGAUCCCCGACCACUGACCAACCUGGACCCCAUUGAUAGUUUGGAGUCUCUGGCUCCCAUCCUGGACCUCAAGCUGGCCAACCUGGCGAACGAGGAGAUCCCGCAGCUGUACGCCGCCUGCGGGCGCGGAUGCCGCAGCAGCCUGCGGGUCCUGCGCCCCGGCCUGGGCAUUGCAGAGAUGGCCGUGUCCCCCCUGCCUGGCAAUCCCACAGCAGUGUGGACGGUGCGCCGCUCUCAGGCUGCGGAGUACGACGCGUACAUCGUGGUGUCCUUUGCCAACGCCACGCUGGUCAUGUCCAUCGGCGAGACGGUGGAGGAGGUGUCGGACAGCGGGCUGGCGGGCGGCCUCGCCACGCUGGGCGUGCAGCUGCUGGCCGACGAUAGCCUGCUGCAGGUGCACGCGGGCGGCCUGCGCCACGUGGCGCUGGCCCUGGCGGGGGGCGACCUGCUCCUCUUCGAGCUGAAUGCGCAGGGGCAGCUGGUGGAGAGCGAGAAGCGGCCGCUGGGCGGCGAAGCCCUGGGCGCCGCGCCGGAGUCGCUACUGCUGGCCGCCUCGCCCGGCGGCGGGCUCACCCUCGCCGUUGGCCUGGCCACGGGCCUGCUCCUGCGCACCGAGGUGGACCCCGUCACCGGCGCCCUCAGCGACACGCGCUCCCGCUUCCUGGGCACGCGCGCGCCGCGCCUGUUCCGCGUCGCCCUGGGCGGCGCGCCCGCCAUGCUGGCCCUCUCCUCCCGCCCCUGGCUGGGGUACGCGGACCAGGGGCGCUUCGCACUCGUCCCCGGGUCGCACGCCGCGCUGGACUGGGCCGCGCCCUUCGCCUCCGAGCAGUGCCCCGAGGGGUUUGUGGCCGUCGCGGGGGGGCAGCUCCGCGUGCUGGCCGUCGAGCGCCUGGGCCAGCGCUUCGACCAGAGGGCGGUGCGCCUGCGCUACACGCCACGCGAACUCCUCAUCCACCCAGACCACAAGUUCCACGCCGUCGGGCUCGAGGCGGGGGAGGAAAGCGCCGCGGCGCUGGACCAGGUGGGGUGCCCGACGGGCCUGCCGGGGCGCUGGGGCUCAUGCGUGAGGGUGGUAGACCCGCUGGCCCUGGCCACCACCGACUGCGUGGAGCUUGGGGGGAACGAGGCCGCGCUAUGCGCCGCGCUGGUCGGCUUCGAGGGCGAGGACGCGCUGGUGCUGGCCGUGGGCGUGGCGCGAGGCCUGUCCUUCUAUCCCAAGCAGUCGGAAGGCGGCGCCAUCCACAUCUACCGCUUCGGCCCUGGGGGCCGGGCACUGGAGCUGGUGCACACCACACCCCUCGACGACAUCCCUCGGGCCAUGGUGGCCUUCCGGGGGCGGCUGUUGGCAGGGGUGGGGGCCUCCGUCCGCCUCUACGAUCUGGGCAAGAAGCGCCUGCUGCGCAAGAGCGAAUACCGGAAGCUUCCCACGGCGGUGGCAAAGCUGGCAGUCAACGGCAACCGCGUGUAUGUGGGGGACGCCAGCCAGUCGUUCCUGUACCUCAAGUACAAGAAGUCCGACAACAGCUUCUACGUCUUUGCCGAUGACACGGUGCCGCGAUCCAUCACCGCCGCCCUGAACCUCGACUACGACACGAUGGCGGGGGCAGAUCGCUUCGGCAACCUGCACAUCUCGCGCCUGCCGCCGGAGCUCUCCGCCCAGGUGGAGGAGGACCCCACGGGCGGCAAGUUUGCGGGGCAGAGCGGGGUGCUGGGCGGCGCGUCCAACAAGCUGGACUCCAUCAUCAAUUUCCAUGUGGGGGAGACGGUGACGGCGCUGCAGCGUGGAACGCUGCAGCCGGGGGGCCGGGAAGUGCUCAUCUACUCCACAAUCCUGGGUGGCCUGGGCACCCUGUUCCCCUUUGCCAGCCGCGAGGACCUCGACUUCUUCCAGCACCUGGAGCUGCACAUGCGGGCGGAGGCCCCGCCGCUACUGGGCCGCGACCACCUUGCCUUCAGGUCCGCCUACUUCCCUGUCAAGUCGGUGGUGGACGGGGACAUCUGCGAGCAAUUUGCACAGCUGCCCAUCGACAAGCAGCGGCAGAUCGCGAGCGAGCUGGAUCGCAGCCCAGGGGAAGUGCUCAAGAAGCUGGAGGAUGUGCGAAACCGCAUAAUCUGA